AAAACCCCUAAAAUGAACAACAUACCCAACAGAUUGAGAUUAAUGAAUCAGUGCUUGUUAAAUACUUACGUUUCUACAUCUAGCAAGUGGCACAUAGCGCUUCAGAACAGAGAAUAUGCAAGGCCUACUAGCUUUCCAGACUAUUUCCAGAACCCUGUGUUUAGAAAGGAAGAGCAGGCAAGUCUUAUUGAAAGUAAUGAAUUAUCAAAACUAUCUGCUAUGCCUGUGAAACCUCCUGCCGUUUACGAGACAUCUUCAGUAUACUAUGAUCCGCUAGUAAGUAAAGUAAUAAACCACAUAAUGGAAAUGGGUAAAAAGAAACUUGCAAGGGAAUUACUAGAGAAGUCUUUUGAGAAUAUUAAAAGGAUACAAAUAGAACGCUAUCACCUUGCUUCUACACCUGAAGCGAAAGCUAAGAUCAUAUUGAGCCCUAAAGAAGUUCUCCACAAAGCCAUAGAAAAUGCCCGGCCUUUGUUGCAGUUACAGCCUAUUAAAAGAGGCGGUAUUACUUAUCAGGUGCCCGGUUCCAUCACAGAUAAAAGAUCUUUAUUUAUAGCAAUCAAAUGGCUUUUAGAAGCAACGUACGAAAAAGAAAGAACAGUUCAUUUUCCCGAACAAUUUGCUUGGGAGCUUUUAGAUGCGGCAAAUAACACGGGCAAAGUGAUUAAGAGGAAACAGGAUUUACAUCGACAGUGUGAAGCUAAUAGAGCAUAUGCACAUUACAGGUGGAUGUAGGGUUAAUUGUAUUUAUAUUGAAAUAUAUUGUAGUUUGUAAUCCUAACUUGUUUUAUUAAUUUAGUAUUUUUACUGUAGUUAAAUUCAAUAUAGAAUGUUUAAUACUUUUACUUUUUAAGUAAUUGUGUUAGUUUUGCUUUAAUCACAUACGACAAUUUUAAUAGUAAUUUGUUGAUUGUACGUGUACUUAUGUUAGAAUUAAAUAACAUUGAAUGUAAACAUACCAUGUAUACAAUUGUUUGUUAU